GUUGGCAAGCCGGCGCCGGCAUUCAAUAAGAUAGCCGUGGUCGAUGGAAAGCUUAAGGGCGAGUGCUUUGACGAAAGACUGCGGAGCAACCUACUGACAUUGUGCACAGAAAUUUCCCUUUCUGCAUACACCGACUCAAAUCACUGGCUCAUCCUUGUAUUCUUCCCAAAGGCCUGGUCAUUCAUCUGUCCCACCGAAAUCAAAGCAUUUUCCGCGCGUCUCGAAGAGUUCAUUUACUCCCGCUCCUGCGCCGUAGUCUUUGCCAGCACCGACAAUGAGCACUGCUUGAAGGCUUGGAAUUCCACCGAUGAAAUGGAGGGAGGUCUUGGUGGCGUACACGUCCCACUAAUCUCUGACUGCAACCGUCAGAUGAGCCGAGACUAUGGAGUUUUGCUCGAAGAAGAAGGUGUUGCGCAGCGUGCCCUGUUCAUCAUUGAUCCAAAGGGUAUAGUGCGAAACAUUACAGUCAACGAUGCAGAUGUUGGCCGUAGCGUGGACGAAGCUCAGCGCGUGCUGGAUGCCUUGGUGUUCAAGGACGAAUUCGGCGAAGGCUGUCCUAUCGAUUGGAAGAAGGGC